AGCACCUGACAAAUCCCACCAUCGAGACAAGAAACACAGGGUAUUGUGUCUACUGACCAGAAUAAUCAGAUCUGGUGAUCCGAUCGGUGUUGGUGAAUGAAUGAUGUAUAGGGUCUGAUGUGCAUAUACUCGACUAUUGAACGAGGGGAGGACAGCUCGGUUGCAUCUUAUUUGUAAGGAUCGAGCUGUUGUUGAGCAGGAGCCGGAGGUUAACAGGAACUCAAGACGGGCUGAGCUCAAAUUUUCUCGGCGACAUGGCGAUCAGGACUUUGUCCAGUGUGGAAGAUGUACUCAAGGCUCGUAAAGAAUAUGCGAACCCUGCUGUGGCGGCUCCCAAGUUGACGGGAUUGGGUCUGAAGGCAUUUGUCUGGGCACUUGAGUUUCAACCGAUUGGACGUCCGCUACUCGGCGGAAUUUUGAAGAAAAACAAGACCUUGGAGACUCUAGAAGAAGCAAUCAUUCCGGAUGCACCUAUGUUUUACCCUGAGUAUACAGCUCAAGAAAUUACCGAACCGGGAGUUAAAGAGAUAGAUGAGGAAAGUCUGAAGUCUGUAAGUAGAGUUCAGAGUGCGUUGGAAUGUCUCCCUUCACCUGCUGGAUCCCUCCAGAUGAAACUGAAAUCGGAGUACCCAUUCGUGUACUGGACGAUAAGAGAUUAUGCAGAAGCCUUCGCUUCAGGGCAUGUGACUCCAUCAGAGGUCGCUGAGCGCUUCAUUUCAGCCAUUGACAAGUGCGAAAAGUCGAAUCCCCCGAUGGCUUUUUUGAUAUCCUUCAAACCGGAUGACAUACGCAAGCAAGCUGAGGCAUCCACGAAACGUCAUGCUGAAGGGAAACCUCUAUCUAUAUUGGACGGCACUCUGUUCGCAGUCAAAGAUGACAUCGACUGCAUGCCACAUCCAAGUACAGGAGGAACGACGUGGCUUCACAAUUUCCGAGAAGUCAAGGAAGAUGCUGAGUGUGUUGCAAGACUUCGGAAAGCUGGAGUUGUGUUUGUCGGCAAGACUAAUAUGAGCGAGCUCGGUCUCGGUGUCACUGGUCACAAUGCACACUACGGUUGUGUGAGGAAUCCCCAUGAUACAGACCGUCACACAGGAGGAUCAUCUGCUGGUUCAUGUGCACUUGUUGCAGCAGGAUUGGUUUCUGGAGCUUUGGGAACUGAUGUUGGGGGCUCCGUUCGAAUACCGUCAGGCAUAUGUGGAACCGUGGGUCUCAAAGUGACUGUUGGUCGCACGACGCUCAAAGGAGUGGCAAGCGUUGGUUGGACCAUGGAGUCUGUUGGACCUAUUGCGUCUAGUGUUGAGGAUCUUAUUCUCGUGUAUUCAGCCUUUCUUGGUUCUCUUCCGAGCGAUAUCUUGCACUCUAGACCUCUACCACCUUGUUUACCGAAUCUGAAAGAUGAUCCACGGUCCUCUCUUCGGCAAUUAAAGCUCGGGAAAUUUUCACCUUGGUUCAAGGACGUCCUGGACGCUGAAAUAGCAGAAGUAUGUGAGAAAAGUUUGAAUUUGCUACAAGAAGGUUUUGGAACAGAGACGAAAGAGGUUUUUUUGCCGGACCUGGAUGACCUCCGAAAUGGCCACUUAGUUACCUGUGGUGGUGAAUAUGCAACGAGUUUGAGGCCCUACUAUCCGACUGUAAAGAAGCAGAUGGGUCAUGAGCCUCGGGCCAACUUAGCACUCUUCUAUCACUUCAGCUCCAACGAUUAUGUUGCAGGACAACAGCUACGAAGGAGACAGAUGCAUUAUCAUAUGGAGGCCUUCAAAACAGUGGACGUGAUUGUAACUCCGACAACAGCCAUGGUCGCCCCGCUAAUAAGCCCAGCCUCCGUGAAGCUUGGUGAGAGUGACCUCGAGAAGUCAGGAAAUCUCAUGCGCUUUAUUCUAGCAGGAAAUCUUCUCGGUCUGCCAUGUGUCAGUGUUCCGGUGGGACAUGAUUCAAGAGGUUUACCCAUUGGUCUUCAGCUCAUAGGACGUCCUUGGGAGGAAGCUACCCUGCUGCGAGUGGCUUCAGCAAUUGAGGAGGUUUGCUCCUCUCUCAUGAAGAGACCGAAAGUGUUUCAUGAUCUGCUGAAAUGAAUCCACUUGCAGCAAAGAGGCUAGGGCAGGUGCGUUCUGGAAUAAGCGAAGCACCCAUAGCGAGAAGAUUUCGGAUUCGAGCUGACAUUUAGCGUCACUUUCUCACUCAGUAGCUAGAACAGACUUCGCAGGCACAGAAGGAAGUGUACGGGGACAAAACCUCAGACUUCCGAAUCGGACUAAAUAUGCUUCACUACCCUUUGUACAUCACAAAAUUUCUCCACAGUCUUGAAUCUGUUAGUAAAGUUCAUGGACAGAGCUUGCGUGU